GUCUUAUGGGUUACAUUUAGGUCUUGGAUUCAUUCUGAGCAAUUGCUACAUUUAGUACAGCGUAAAGCUCCAUUCAUCUUCUUGCUUGUAGACAUUUACUUUUCCCAGAUGACUGAAUUAAACUAUAUGGAGUGACUUCUACAUCUUGGGUCUGUGGGGUUGUGUUUUACCACAUUUGGUGUAAUUUUGUACUGAGCAUCACUGUCACUCCAGACAGAUGGGAAAAGCCAUCCUGGCACCUGCGGUGCUCUGGGGAGGGCGAAGGUGACCUGGAGUCUCUUGCUUUCAGGCUCAUUCUCUGUGCUGCAGCCCAUGCUCAUUUCUUCAUGGCCCCCCAGGAGUCAUAUGACCUACCCACUAUCAUGGACCAGGAAGUACAACACACCAUGUGGACAGAAACUAUGAGUCCUGCAGAGGACUCAGGGACUGGAUAUAUAUUUCCCUCUCUGUGCCUCAGUUUCUGCUUUGUAUUACAAUCUCACAUGAGGGUUCACCCUGACCACACAGGCAGUGUGAUGAAUUCAUGUCGUACACUUGGUCAGUGAGAGUCAGGGUUGAUGAAACUUUGAAGAACCUCACAGGGUCCUGUCAGGAUGAAUAACUGCCGUGUUUCCUCUAGGAGCCACCACAGAUGGGGAGCUGCAGGUGAUACAGCCAUACAGGGCUGUGUCUGUCGCCGCUGGAGAGACGGCCAUGCUGCGCUGCACUGUGACCUCCCUGCUCCCUGUGGGGCCCGUCCAGUGGUUCAGGGGGAAAGGACCAAGCCAGGAGCCGAUCUUCAAUCUCAAAGAACCCCACACUCCACGUGUCACACCAGUUACAGGUGUCAUGUGGAGAUACAGCAUGGACUUUUCCAUCCACCUCAGGAACGUCACCCCAGCAGACGCGGGCACCUACUACUGUGUGAAGUUCCAGAGGAUGGCCACUGAGAGGGACAAGGAGUCUAAGUCUGGACCAGGCACCAAGCUGUCUGUGAGUGCCAGACCUUCUCUUCCCGUGGUUUCCGGCCCUGCAGCCAGGGCCACACCUGGACAGACAGUGAGCUUCACCUGCAAGUCCCACGGCUUCUCCCCUCGGAACAUCACCCUGAAGUGGUUCAAAAAUGGGAACCAGCUCCCUGACUCCCAGACCAGCCUGGACCCCAAGGGAGAGAGUGUCUCUUACAACAUCUCCAGCACAGCCAAGGUGGUGCUGACCCCCGGGGACGUCCACUCUCAGGUCAUCUGUGAGGUGGCCCAUGUCACCUUGUCCGGGAGCCCUCUCCGUGGAACUGCCGACUUGUCUAACGCCAUCCAAGUACCAGCCACUUUGACGGUCAGCCAGCAGCCCACAAUGGCAGGGAACCAGGUGAAAGUUACCUGCAUGGCGUCCAACUUCUACCCCUCAAGCCUGCAGCUGACCUGGAUGGAGAAUGGAAACAUGUCGCUGACCAAAACCGGCUGUGCCCACACCGAGAACAAGGAUGGGACCUACAACCAGGUGAGCUGGCUGCUGGUGAACGUCUCUGCACACAGGAAGAACGUGGUACUCACCUGCCAGGUGGAGCAUGAGGACCAGCCUGCCAUCACUGCCAACCUCAUCCUGGAGGCCUCUGCCCAGCAAAAGGAGCAGGGCGCAGAAACAACCCCAGAUACUAUGUGUUUUAAUCUUGCGGGACUCCUCAUACUUCUGUACCUCAGCUCCAAGGUGGUGUUGGCAGUUGGAGUCUCUGCCAUCUACAUCCACAGGAAAUAAAUGCGCUCUCCUUCCUCCAACCCUGCCACCUGGGACUCUCAGUCACUGCAACCUUCACACUUGGAGACAUACAGCCUGGGGUAAAAAGCAG